AUGUUAUACGAAUUAAUCAGUGUUGUGCGUAUCAAAAAUCCACUAGUUCCCAAUAAAGAUGCCAAGGAUUUAGCGACGACUAUUGGGAAGUUAAUUAUUAAUAACAGAGGUGUGGUAAGAAGGAUUAUACCCAUGGGCAGCAAGUUAUUGCCGAACAUAUACAAGAAAGAUCAAGAGAGGCAUUUUAAAGGUUACCAUUUCCUAAUGUUGUUCGAUGCCUCAGCACCUGUACAGUCUGAAGUGUUGAGAACACUAAAAAGUGAUCCUCGUGUAAUUAGAUCCUCUAUUAUCAAGGUUGACGAUAAGAAACAUUUGGAUGUUGCUAGUUCUAUCGAAAGGGCUAAUGGUUAUGGUAGCAUUUUAGAUACGGUUAACAGCGAACAAUCUUGGGAAUAA